CGUACUCCGAGGCUUUCCUUUCAGUCUCUUCUUCUUCUUCUUCCUUCUUCGUUUCUCUCUGUAUUUUAUUUUCAUUCUGGUUUCUGGCUUUUUGUUGAUGGUUUAUUCUUCUUCCCUUCACCCUUCUUAUACUGUUUCUCUCACUGUGCGCUUAAACCCUUGACCCCAUUUCCUCUGUUUUCAAUCUUUUCUUUCUUUUUCCUUCUGAUUUGACUGCAUCCCCUUUUUCACUUCCUUCAAACCCUACUCAUUCUCUUCUUCUUCUUAAGCCUCAACCAAUCGGCUUAAAAAACAGACCCCCCUCCCCCCAUCUCUGCAUAAUACUCUGUUUCUCUCUCUUCUUCUGGGGGUACUAAUCGUUGGUUGCUUUAGUUCUUUUGGGGCUUUUUUCAGCUUUUUCGAAAUGGCUGAGAGUUUGGAUGAUGGCGAGUUUUGGCUUCCUCCCAAGUUUCUUAACGAUGACGACUUGUUCUUGGAGGAGAAGUGUGUGGGUAAUGAUGCUAAGAAGAGAAGAGAUGGAGCUGGAGCUGGGUUGCACCCAUUUGAGUAUUCUCUUGGAUUUGGGCCUUUUGGGGUUUCUUCCGAUCUUGGUUCGCCGGUUGAAUCUCUGAUUGGUUCCAGCGAAACAGAGAGUGAUGAAGACGAAUACAUUGCUGGGUUGAUGACUCAAAUGGCACGCUCCACUCUGAAAGAUGGGUUUGGACUCGAAAAAUCUCAUGGUUGGCGCUCCUCUGGUUCUCCUCAGUCAACGCUGUGUACUGUAGGAAAUGGGUGUGGCUGCAAACAGAGCUCUAGCAGGGGAAGCCCAAAUGCCCAUUCGGUAGGCUCUCAUCCACAGCUCACUCUGGAUCUACUCUACGCCGCCGCCGGUGAAGUAUCGAAGAUGCGUAUGAAUGAAGAGGCUUACAAUUUCGUUAACAAUCGUGGACAUUCUGUUCCCCCUAGAAAGCCCUCUCCGGUCACUGUUCCGCUCAAAAACCGCGACAACGAUGCCGGCGUUUACCAGCAACUACAAGCUUCCCAAUUUUUACAUCUGAAACGACAACAACUCAUCGAGCAAAUGAACUCGGCGGCUCGUGUCGGACUGGUAACAGGCUCUGUUAGACACCCGCAGUCUCAAGUGCCGCAAAACAGAGGAAGAAACAGCGAGUUCUUCGAUGGAAGAAACUGUCGCUCUGCCGUUGGUUUAACGUCCCAACCCCCUUGGGCUCCUCCUCCUCCUCGGAAGCACUCUGUAAAUCCGUCACCGAAUGGCUCCGGUAUGAGGGCCGUGUUUCUCGGGGUUCCCGGCGGGAAGAGGGAAUGCGCCGGCACCGGUGUAUUCUUGCCACGACAAAUCGGCGCCGUCUCUGAAACCCGAAAGAAGCCAGCUUGUUCGACUGUGCUAGUUCCUGCUAGAGUGAUGCAGGCGCUGAAUCUAAACCUAGACGACAUGUACGUUCAACGGACUCAGCCCCAACAGCUCCAAUCUCGUUCCCCAUCAGUGUUCAACCCAGGGAAGAACGAUAUAUCUGGUAGAGGGCGGAGUGAGAGCUUGUUGGCACAGCAGAAGGCGAUGAAUCUCCGGGCAGCGGUGGCCGGAGUAAACCAGGAGAUAGGGCGGCUUCCACAAGAGUGGAGUUACUAAAGAAGCCAUAGAGGAUCGAGUAGAGAUUUAGUUACUAACUGGUGUGUGAUUUUUAGGGGUAGAGAAGAAGCAGAUAAGAUUAAAAGGAUAAUUAAGAGAAAAUUAAUGAAGGUUUGUUAGAUUAUAUUAAUGGGUUAUUAUUAUUAUUAUAGGAAUAGAGAGAGUUUUUGUUUAAUUAAAAUAGGAAAAGAGUAGAGAGAAGAAGGAGAACAAAGUGGAUUAUUUUGAUUUUGUGGGGUUUAGAAUGGGAUUAGACCAAGAUUAAGAUUAAGAUUAAGGUUAAGGUUAAAUAAAGUUGUGUUUAAGUGGGAGUUUUAUUUUGUUCUUUUGAUUUGGGGCUCAAAACCCCAUACUUAUAAUAUAUUCAAUGUUUUAUGGAAUGGGAAUGGGAAGAAUUUGUUUUGU